AUGUGCGGCAUUGCGCUGCUUGCGAGCCAUGCUGGAGAGACGCAUGGGUUAUCAUGGGAUGCACUCAUGGAUGUGAUAGGAAUGCGAGGGCCCGACGCGUGUGCACAGGAGGAGCACCGUUUAGAAGACAAGCAUGUUCGGAUUGGCGCUUCCGUGCUCGGGCUUUGCGGUAGCAGCGUGGCGCUGCAACCGAUGCAUGCGUCCGCAGCACCACAUCUUGUAUUCCUUUGGAGCGGCGAGAUUUUUUCCACACUUGAUGGCGAUUUCGAUCGCGAGAAAAAUGAUGGCACAUGGAUUUUUGCGCAGAUUGUGCAGCGGGUUGCAGCAGGUAAUGUGUGCUCGGCAAUUGUACAGACACUGGCCGGUGUCGAAGGCCCAUACGCAUAUAUAUUACUUGAUCUUGCGGCACAAUGCGUAUAUUAUGGCCGGGACCCGCUCGGACGACGCUCCUUGUUGCUGCAUUUGUCGGACGUGGUUUGCCUUGCGUCGGCCGUGUGCAUGGACACGGAAGAUAUUGUAUUUGAAGAAGUCCCAUGCAGCACAUUGUGGCAGCUUUCCGUGCGUGGGGACAAUGUGCCUAAACCUUGUCCCCGCGAUUCUCCGUUUGCUACAAGGCUGCUUUUGCACGAGUCGCUCGUCCAGAAGCCCGCACAGAUAGAUGCUCCCUUGGAUGCACUGAGGGCUGUACUGGAGGCCAGUAUUUCGGAGCGUGUCACGCAUAUACGCACAGCAGACGGACAAACGCUUGCUUCUGCGCACGUAGCCGUCCUUUUUUCUGGCGGUCUGGACUGCACAGUGCUUGCCGCACUUGCGACGCAGUACAUCAAUUCAUCACAGCCGAUUGAUUUGAUCAAUGUCGCGUUUGAAAACCCACGCGCACACGCCGCGGCGUGCGAACGUACAAAAGAUUCGACGGCUGCGGUCUACGCUGCGGAUCGGUACGCGGUCCCAGAUCGGCAAACCGCGCGAAAAAGCGUUGCAGAGCUCCGGAACAUAUACCCAUCGCGACGCUGGAACUUGGUGGAAGUCAAUGUUUCGUACGCGACCUACCUGUCGCAUAUCCAAACCAUUCAACGGCUCUUGCACCCCAACGACAGUGUCAUGGACCUCAGCAUCGGCGCGGCAUUGCUCUUUGCCGCACGGGGAGCCGGAUUUGUAGACGGUGUACCAUAUACCACACCUGCACGCGUCCUGCUUUCGGGCCUGGGCGCUGACGAGCUUUUGGCUGGCUAUGCACGGCAUAGACACGCUUUUGAGCGUCGCGGCGACGACGCGCUCCGUGCGGAGCUGCAGCUUGACUUGGACCGACUUCCGACUCGCAAUUUAGGCCGUGAUGAUCGCAUCAUUGGUGCACAAGGACGUGAGGCGCGAUAUCCCUAUUUGGCACGACGCGUCCUUGCAUUGUUAUGUGCGCUCCCGAUCUCUACAAAGGCCGAUUUUAGGACACAUGCCAAAGGGCUCGGCGACAAGUCGCUGCUGCGUGAGCUUGCACUUACCUUAGGAAUGCACCAUGCUGCUUAUCUGCCCAAACGUGCGAUCCAGUUUGGCGCACGCAGUGCCAAGCUGGACGCGCAAGCUGCGCGCCAGAAAGGGAACACCAAGUUGGCCUUGCCAUAA